UGAUGCUGUUGGAAACGUUUGCGGUGGUCAGUAUCGAAUUUUCCUCGGACCCCGUAGUCGAACCAUGUCGAGCCUCCGCAAGCUGCUGCCGCUUGGCAACCGUGUCCUCAUCAAGAAGGCCGAGCCCGUGCUCAAGACGGCCGGUGGCAUCUACCUCCCCGACUCGGCCAAGAGCACGCAGAACGAGGGCGAAGUCGUCGCCGUCGGCCCCGGCGCCCGCAACCACGAGGGCACGAUCAUCCCCAUGAACGUGGCCGUCGGCGACAAGGUGCUCCUCCCGGAAUACGGCGGCAGCCUCCUCAAGCUCGGCGAAGACGAGUUCCACUUGUUCCGUGACGAAGACAUCCUCGGCAAGUUCAACUAAAUGUCAUUUGCCGCCUGUAGUUUUGAUAGAAAGACGUAUUGCGUCGCCUGUAAAAAAGCCCUCUCAAUGGACAUCACUGGUGAAAGGGAUA